AGAGUGCGGGGCGCGCCGUGACAGGUGCGGCGCGGUGUUUACGCGGGGCUGAGGGCGGCAGCGGCGGCGGCGGCAGCGGCGAUGAUGCUGGAGACCCUGCGUGAGCGGCUGCUGAGCGUGCAGCAGGAUUUCACCUCCGGGCUGAAGACUUUAAGUGACAGAUCAAGAGAAGCUAAAGUAAAAAACAAACCCAGGACUGUUCCAUAUUUGCCAAAGUGCUCUGCUGGACUAGAAUUACUUAGCAGGUAUGAAGAUACGUGGGCUGCACUCCACAGACGAGCCCAGGAAUGCGCAAGUGCUGGCGAGCUGGUCGACAGCGAGGUGGUGGUGCUCUCCGCGCACUGGGAGAAGAAGCAGGCGAGCCUGAUAGAGCUACAGCAGCAGCUUCGGCAGCUUCCAGGCCUGCAGGCAGAUUUAGAAUCCCUGACGGCAAGUCUGACUCAUUUAGAGGCUAGUUUUGAGGAGGUAGAAAACCACCUGCUGAAUCUGGAGGAUUUAUGUGGACAGUGUGAAUUAGAAAGAUACAAACAUAUGCAGUCCCAACACCUGGAAAAUUACAAGAAAAAUAAGAGGAAGGAACUUGAAACCUUCAAAGCUGAACUCGACGCGGAGCACACCCAGAAGGUCCUGGACAUGGAGCAAACCCAGCAAAUGAAGCUGAGGGAGCGGCAGAAGUUCUUUGAGGAAGCCUUCCAGCAGGACAUGGAGCAGUACCUGUCCACGGGCUACCUGCAGACAGCAGAGAGGCGAGAGCCCAUGGGCAGCAUGUCAUCCAUGGAAGUGAAUGUGGACCUGCUGGAGCAAAUGGACCUGGUGGACAUCUCUGACCAGGAGGCCCUGGAUGUCUUCCUGAACUCCGGUGGCGAGGGGAACACUGUGCUGUCCCCUCUCUCAGGGCCUGAAGCGAGCCCCGGUCAGGAUGAAGUUACUCUUCAGGUUCCGGAUGCCUCCCGGGCCACCCGGCCGUCCUCAGCUGCACCCUGCACCGACCCAGCUGCCCAGGACCCCAGUGAAGUGGGGGAGUCCCCCGUGGUCCAGUCUGACGAGGAGGGAGUGGAGGUGGACACCGCCCUGGCCACCUUACACACUGACGACAGUGACUCCUAAACCCGGGUGUCCGCGCUCUGGCCACCUUCAGAGGAUGACACAGCUGUGCCCAGAGGCCCACGGGGAAGGCAGGUGGAUUUAGGGAGGCGCUCGAUUUUUACAGUUGCCAAUAAUGUGUGAGAAACUGACUGAAACAACAGCUACAAUAAAGUUUGAGGACCGCAAACACAGCCAGUUUGUACAGAAGGGCUGCUAAACACACACGUUCUGCAGGCCUCACCGUGCGGGCUAGGCCAGGAAAUUCGGUGUCCACGCCGGCUCGGCACUGAACGGCGAAGCCCUCUACAGGCAGGAAGCUGUGCUUCCUCUCGGCUCUAACCAAGUUUGGGUUUUCAUCUGAUCAUUACAAAAAUUAUGAAGUCCAACAAGCACGGCCUACCUUAAUAGACCACACACCUGGGCCCAGAGGAAGAGAGAGAAACCGAAGCCAAGCCCACCGGCCAUCGCUCCUGGCGGGACCCCGCUCCCCCAGGGACGUGUUUUCCCCUCUCCCUGCUCGCUCACAGCCCACAGACGAGGGGCAGGCUGGCGCGAGGAGGGGCGGCUGCGGCCCUGCACCCUCGUGGCCACGCUGCCCGCUGGGGUCCAGGGGCCCCACAGAAAAUGAGAGGCAAACGGAAGCCAUUUGGUUUUUGUUCAGAGACCAUCCAGGUAACUGCCAGCAGAGGGAAAGUGAGAUUAAAGAUUAAAAUUCGGUGUUCACUCCACUCCCUGGCCAGUGGGACAGACCCCCGCAGCCCGUUUAUCAGAAAACACCUCAUUUCAUUCACUCUCUUCCACAAGACAAACAAGUGUCCAAAAAACUUUGUUUUUAUUAUUAAACCUUGUAGUACAAACCUGAAAAGUAAACAAAAAACUGGCAAUAAACAACAUGAAGUCUUCCCUCCCGGGGGAGGGGUGCAGAGCAGCGCUAAUAAAUUAAACGUCAGACCGUAAGCCGUAGGCAGAAGUUCACUGUCCAAAAAGAGGGCAAGAACACACAGCAAGGCCAUGAAAACCGGACAAGCACAUUGGAAAACACGACUCUGCUCAUGUCAUUGUUAAAUAUUCCAACACAGUUCAGUCUUCUGCCAACGACAACCGACAAAGUGUCACAGGACGCUCCUGACAAGACAGCCCCACCGGCGAGCUCAGUGCAACAAGGGCAGCUGCGGGAUUGGUGAAUCCAAUUAUGAAACAAAGAACAGCUUGUGAAAACAGUUUCCCUUUUUUAUUCCACACAUACUGUACACACAACCGGAGAAGGGCAACAGCUACUCCAUUAUUAUUUUUUUUGUUGUUGUUCAGUGAUGUAAGCAGCACUUAUAAAUGUUACAAGAAAAACCCUGUAAGCAUCCAAUCCAACCGAUGAAGAAACUGAAGUGUAAGGCUUUUCUUCAUCUCGUCUUCUCACCCCCUCCCCUCCCCCACCCAGAAAAAGGCUCAAGUAUUUAAAACAAUUUACAGGCGUAUGUACAAAAGGGACGGGAUUUUUUUUUUCUUUUUGUUACAACAUGAAGAGAAAAACUAGACCAGAUGAGCGCAGAUACAUUUUCACAUUCAAAAAGAACGGCAGACCUCCUAGUGGCUCUAGAUGUGAUCGCCAACAGAACGAGUUUAAAAAGAAAGAUUAAUGCUGACCUGUGAAGGUGUAAAACAACAAGCUGUGAGAUGAAGACGGAAUGUUAGAAAGAUUGCACAUCCAUGACGAAGAAGCACUUAACGGCUUCAAUCACUUUUUUCCUUUUUUUGUUUUAAGGAUGCUAUUGAAGGGUUUUUUGAUAAAGUAGCCAACAGCACCAAAAAAUAACAGAAUGGAUUUCCUAAUGAAAUCAGGCACAGGUUUCCCUCACGCGACCCCCUCCAAGGCAGGCAGUCUUUUUCUUCUCUUUCCUUUUUUUCCUUAAACAGAUGCAUAGUGAUGUGCUGGUAAAGAGAACCUAGUCACUCCGACCUCCUCAUUUUGCCUAUGGUUAGGAAACAACGUCCACCUUCAGCUGCCAUAACCGCCCAAAGAAACAAAAUGGGGAUUCUCCGGUUUUAACAAUUACAAACUCAUCCUGCACAUGACAGAAGAAAAGACAGCCAAAGUAAAGCCAUUUCUUUCAAGUUU